AUUACACUGAAGAGUUUCACAAAUCACAGAGUGAAAAUAACAAAAACAAAAGAGAGAAUGGGUAAGAACAACACCAGAAUCCACAUGCAAUUUGCAAUUCUCGCGAUAGUUUUAACCACUGCAAUAAUGGUGAAAGAAGCUACAAGCAUUUCCAUUUGCAACAUCAGUACAAACAACUUGAAUAAAUGCCGUCCAGCCGUCACUGGAAACAACCCUCCACCUCCGGAACCCGACUGCUGCGCAGUGGCAAAAACGGCUAAUCUACGAUGCCUUUGUUCGUACAAGGCUUUUCUCCGCAGAUACGGGAUGGAACCAUCUAAUAUCAGGCCUCUUCUAGCCAAGUGUGGUAUAAGUCCUCCCUCCUGUUUGUAAGCUUGAAAAACUGAGCUGAAGACAGGCCGGUCUACUUCAGACUUUGUCUUGCCCUGAAGUCUCUCAAGCUAUAUAAUAUGUCUUGUGCGGUUCUGAUUCGAAUAAAUUAUCCACGUUGCAAUGAUUUUUCAAUCACCUUGUCUAUUACUUAGAUGAACCAUGUUCUAUACACAUAUUAUGAAAAUAAUAAAGCAAUGUUUUUCUUUUUAGUGUGAAA